UAAGUUUCACUUAAGUUGUGAGGGUGAGAAAGUGAGUGAGAAAGACAAUGAAGAUUUCAGUAGUUUUUUUGUUUGUUGUAUCAGUUGUAGUUUUCACUUUUUGUGUUUCCGUCGAUGGCUCAAACAAAGAACAAUCACAAAAAAAUUUGCCAAGGAAAUUGAUCGAGGUGAAAGAGGGUGCUAAGAACUAUUGGCUCGAUGCUAAAUGGUCCAAAGAUAAUUGCAAAGACAAAGAAAAUGAUUGUUGCGAUUCCUGUUGCGAAAAUAACGAUAAAGAUAAAAACAACUGCAAAGACAAAGACGACUGUUGCUGUAAUUACUGCUGCAACAAAGACAACUGCCAAAAAAAUUGUUGCUGCUGUAGCUGCAAUGGAGCUUGCAAAGGUGACAACGAUAAAGAUGACUGCAAAAAGAAAGACAAUGACGACCAGGACUGCAAGAAAAAGGACAAUGACAAGGAAGAUGACUGCAAAAAGAAUGACGAUGAUGAGGAGGACAACGAAAAUGAUGACAGUAAAAAGAAUGACAAUGAGAAAGACUGCAAAAAGAACGAUGACGAUGACUGCAAAAAGAACGAUGAUGAGGGCUGCAAAAAGAAGAACGACGGCGAUGACUGCAAAAAGAAGGACGAUGAAAACUGCAAAAAGAAGGACGACGAAAACUGCAAAAAAAAGAACGACGAUGAUAACUGCAAAAAGAAGGACGACGGAGAUGACUGCAAAAAGAAGGACGAUGAAAACUGCAAAAAGAAGGACGAUGAAAACUGCAAAAAGAACGACGGGGAUGACCGCAAGAAGAAUGAUGAUGAGGGCUGCAAAAAGAAGGACGAUGAAAACUGCAAAAAGAACGACGUCGAUGACCGCAAAAAGAAUGAUGAUGAGGGCUGCAAAAAGAAGGACGAUGAAAACUGCAAAAAGAACGACGAAAACUGCAAAAAGAACGACGGUGAUGACCGCAAAAAGAAUGAUGAUGAAAACUGCAAAAAGAAGGACGACGACUGCAAAAAGAAUGAUGGCAAUGAUUGCAAAAAGAAUGACGAUGAGGGCUGCAAAAAGAAGGACGAUGAAAACUGCAAAAAGAACGGCGACCGCAAAAAGAAUGAUGGCGAUGACUGCGAAAAGAAUGACGAUGAGGGCUGCAAAAAGAAAGAUGACGAGGGCUGCAAAAAGAAGGACGACGACUGCAAAACGAAUGAUGACAAUGGCGGAAAAAAGAACGACGAAGAUUGCGAAAAGAACGACAAAGAUGACUGCAAAAAGAAGGACGAUGAAAACUGCAAAAAGAACGGCGAUGAUUGCAAAAAGAAUGACGAUGACGGCUGCAAAAAGAAAGACGAUGAAAACUGCAAAAAGAACGGCGACCGCAAAAGGAAUGACGGCGAUGACUGCAAAAAGAAUGACGAUGAGGGCUGCAAAAAGAAAGAUGAUGAGGGCUGCAAAAAUAAGGACGACGACUGCAAAAAGAAUGAUGACAAUGGCGGCAAAAAGAACGGCAAAGAUGACUGCAAAAAGAAAGACGACGACGACUGCAAGAGAAACGACAAAUGUGGCGACAGAAAAAACGACAAGUGCAAAAGUGAUCGUGGUGAUGAUAAGAGCUGCAAGUGUUGCAAUUGCUGCAACUGCAAAUGCGAUUGUGAUGAUAAUAACGGAAAAGAUUGCAAAGACAAUUGCGGAGACAAGCACGACGCAAAUGGUGUCAGUGAUGAUAAAUCUGCAGAUGCAAAAAAUUAAACCGGUGUUGCUCAGGAUAAUACGGAUAUCAUCGGAAAUAAGGUGCGACUUCCAAUAAAUGUUAAAUGUUCGAUUACAAUAGUUAAAUGUUCGAUUAUAAUAAAUCAAUGUGCACUAGAUGCAUGAAUGAUCGUUUUUAAUCCUGCAGAGUGAAUUGUAUGUUGAAAGUAGUUAAAACAUUAACCUUUUUUCUUUAAAGUCUUAAGAAGUUCGAAAUUCUGAUCGA